AUGCUAGAUUCUCAAGGGUUAGAGCUCCUGUCGGAUCUGUUGAAGGACAAAUCUGAAAAACUAGAGCUGGAACAAGGGAGUGCAAAGGAUGCUAUAAUCGUGUUAAUAUUGGGCACACUUGGUGCUGGGAAAAGUUCGUUCAUCGACAAAGCCACGGAGAAUACGGGUAGGGGCGUAGGACAUGACCUCAGGUCUGGUACAAAAGAGGUUACAUUCACCAAGGGGGUCGCCACUGAUGGAUCCAAUGUGGUUCUGGUGGACACUCCAGGAUUGGAUACAACACAGUCCCCCGUCGCGAUCUUGGGGAAAGUUUCCACCCUGCUUAACGAAGAAUAUGGAACAGGAACCAAGCCUUCGGUCGUUCUUUACUUUCAGCCUAUAUCACCAAACCGUGAGGUCUGGCGUCCACACAAGGUUAUUAAGGAACUCCAAGUGCGGUGGGGGUGGGGGGAAGAUGCCAUGUCCAAGGUUUUCUUUGUUACUACAAUGUGGGACGAAAUGGAGGACUCGGAGGAUGGCGAGGAGAGGCUGAAGGAGCUUGAGGAUCGGGGGGCAAUACCUACGAGGGUACCCGAUGUUGAAGCAUCUGAACACCCGAGCUUCUGCCAUCGAAUUACUUGA